UAUAUAUAAAACAUACAAAAUAUAUGUUAAUUGUUUAUGUUAUUGGUAAGGCUUCUGGUCAACAGGCUAUUGGUAGUUAAGUAAGUUAAGUUUUGGGGGAGUCAAAACUUACAGGUAGAUUUUUCAACUGCCCAGGGGUCAGCUCCCCUAACCCUCGUGUUGUUCAAGGGUCACCUGUAUAUUUAUACCUGCCUAGGAGAAAAAUCAUGACUUCUUUGUUUCAUCUAGUUUAUUCAACCAUAAGACACUUAAUUUCAUUUAUGUCAGGAUCAGGAUCAAAGUAUGUAAUGAAAUAUUUGAAGCCGAACACAAAUUAGAAAACAAUUCAAGAUUUUACACAUGCCCAUAUUACAACGUUGUCUUAGAUUCCCUGCCAAUGAAGCUGCUUUUGUUUGCCAUAGCAGUACACAUUUAAAAUAAAUGAAGUUCAAGAUGUUUCUCUGGCUUAAUAUUUAUAUUGCCUUUUUGUGGGUUCUUAGUAUAUUAGAACGAAUAGCACAUUAAACAAAACACUGUCAUGAGCCCUUAGGUACCUUGAGGAAUAAUGGAGGGAAAGGAGUCAAACACUUUACUCCCUUUUCUUGCCACCAACCCCUAAAUAUAAACAACUUGGACACUAAGGACUAAAACUCCAUUCCUCUUUUCCUCCCCCUCACUGAUACGGAAGAGGGGCAUGGAAGUGCUAGAGAGGAGAAGGGUGUGGUCCCUGACUAAGGCUCUACCCCCAGGCCUGUGGCCACGGACCUAGGCGAGGACAGGCAUUCCUGCCUUUGCGCCCAAAUAUUGCACUUCCCAAGACCACUCUGGCCCACCACGCCCCCAUCCUGUGCCUAUAAAAACCCUGAGACCCUAGCAGGCAGAGACACAAGCUGUUGGACGUUGAGAGGAGAGCAUUGGCGGACACACAAACGGCUGGAUGUCGAGAGGCCGUCGAGGGGAGCAGGUCGGCAAAAGAGCACACCGAAGAGACCCGCAGGCCAGCGGGCCAUUAACCGGUGGAAUCAUGCAGUUUGGCCUGGGUAGUCGGAGGAGCGCCCAGGCCGCCGAGAGGCUGACUCCAGAGGAAAACCAUCUCCCUUCUGGCUCCUCCAUCUGCUGAGAGCUACUUCCAAAUUUUUCUCCAAGGUUUCUCCAAACCUCGAACUCUUUCUCCAAGCCUAUGUGUGGUGUGAUACGAUUCUUCUGGCACACCAAGGCAAGAACCACUGGGAUACAGAAAGCCCUCUUGUGCUUGCGAUAAGGCAGGGGUCUAAUUGAGCUGACUAACACAAGCCGCCUACAGAUGGCUCAACUAAAAAAGCACCCUAUAACAUACGCCCACUGGGCCUUCAGGAGCUAUAAACAUUCACCCCCUAGACACUGCCGUGGGGUUGGACCCCUACAACCUGCCCGCGUGCAUGCUCCCCCUAGAGGUUUGAGCAGCUGGGCAGGAAGAAGCGAGCCACACCCUCAUCACAUGCCCUGGGAGGGGAACAAGUGAACUUUUCCCGUUUCAUCACAAUUUACUUUCGGCACUAACAUGAUUGUUCAGCUGUCUUCAUCAGCAGGCCUAUAUUCCAAGAGAUUCCUGCCCAAGCAAACUGUUUAAUUGUUCAUUAUGGGAACUUCCACAGAGACCCAUCAAAUUUUCAAUCUCUUCCAACGAAAGUAUCAAUAGAUUGCACCUUAAGAUUCUUUGCUUCAAAAAUCCUUGCUAUAUCCACCAAUCCUGGACUGUAGUAUCAUGAUCAUUAUGCAAUACUAAUAAAAUCCCUUGCAUUGAAAGACCCUCCUUAAACAUCCAAUUCUCAGUCAGUUUCAACCUUGCCUUGACACUUUGCUCUGUGAAGUGCCAACGCUCCGUCGAAGCGUUGUUCUCCAUUACUGCAAUCAACAAUAAAUUCUGUUUUUUGUCUUAUCAACAGGUUGAGUUGACGAUAUUUGGAGAGCCGGCAUUUGACACAAGUUUGAGAUCUGGUGGUCCUUAACGUUCAACAUUCAUCAGAGCUCAGCCUAAGUCACUUUUACGCUUCCCAUUUUUAGCUUACCCUUUGCUUCUGCUAAAAAUUUUGGUUUCUAACUUAUUUUCAUAAUACAAGCUGCACUUUUCACUUUUAUAUGGCAUCAUUUUAAAAAUUUUACAAUUAUUUUCUCAUGAGCUUUUAAAAAUGAAUAAAACAAAAACUAAUCUGACAGUAGUAGCACCAGAGAAGUGGCUCAAACCCAACCGGCUUGAGUCAAAACAAAACCCAGCUGGUGGCAAGCGCUGCCCUUUGGAGCAUUCUGGGAACUGUAGUCCAGGAGUGAGAGAACUCUGAGACGCUUCCGCUUAGGAAUUCUGGGAAGUGGAGUCCACGAACCGUGGGCACUCGGAGGCACUUCCGCUCCAGGAAGGCGAGGUCGGGUCUGAGCUCCCAAGGAGGUUCGCUCCCCUAGAACUCUGCCUUUUCCCAGAAGGGGAAGGGGAAAAAUGACCAAGUUCCAGGAGGCAGUGACAUUCAAGGAUGUGGCCGUGGCCUUCACUGAGGAGGAGCUGGGUAUGCUGGACUCUGCCCAGAAGAAGCUGUACCGAGAUGUGAUGCUGGAGAACUUUAGGAACCUGGUUUCAGUGGGACAUCAGUCCUUCAAACCAGAUAUGAUAUCCCAGUUGGAGAGGGAAGAAAAGCUUUGGAUGAAGGAGCUUCAAACCCAAAGAGGUAAGCAUUCAGGAGACAGGAAUCAAAAUGAGAUGGCAACUCUUCACAAAGCAGGAUUAAGGUGCUUUUCACUGGGAGAGCUUUCAUGCUGGCAAAUCAAGAGACACAUUGCGAGCAAAUUAGCCAGAAGUCAAGACUCUAUGAUAAAUAUUGAAGGAAAGAGCUCUCAGUUCCCCAAGCACCAUGAUUCCCCCUGUCAAGUGGGAGCAGGAGAAUCUAUUCAAGCUUCUGCGGAUGACAACUGUCUAGUGAAUCACAUAGGGGAUCAUUCCAGUAUCAUUGAAAAUCAAGAAUUUCCAACUGGGAAACUUCCGAAUUCUUGGAGUAAAAUAUGUCUGAAUGAGACACAGAAUUAUCAGAGAAGUUGUAAGCAGAUUCAGAUGAAAAACAAAUUAUGUAUAUUCGCUCCAUAUGUUGACAUUUUCAGUUGUAUUUCACACCACUGUGAUGAUAAUAUAGUGCACAAAAGAGAUAAAGUUCAUAGCAAUAGUGAUUGUGGUAAAGAUACCCUAAAGGUAUCACCUCUUACCCAGCGUAGUAUUCACACAGGACAGAAAACCUACCAGGGUAAUGAAUGUGAAGAAGCCUUCAAUGAUAGCUCCAGUCUUGAACUUCAUAAGCAGGUGCACUUGGGAAAGAAGUCUCCAGCGUGUAGUACACAUGAGAAGGACACCAAUUGUAGCUCAGGUAUUCCUGUUCAACAAAGUGUUCGUACUGGAAAAAAACGCUACUGGUGUCAUGAAUGUGGUAAAGGUUUCAGUCAGAGCUCAAAUCUGCAAACUCAUCAGAGAGUCCACACAGGGGAGAAACCCUAUACAUGCCACGAGUGUGGUAAGAGCUUUAAUCAGAGCUCACAUCUUUAUGCUCAUUUGCCUAUUCACACAGGAGAGAAGCCCUAUAGAUGUGACAGUUGUGGGAAGGGCUUCAGUCGUAGCACAGAUCUUAACAUUCAUUGCAGAGUUCACACUGGAGAGAAACCUUAUAAAUGUGAGGUGUGUGGGAAGGGCUUCACUCAGAGAUCACAUCUUCAGGCCCAUGAAAGAAUUCACACUGGAGAGAAACCAUACAAAUGUGGGGAUUGUGGUAAACGCUUUAGUUGUAGCUCAAAUCUUCAUACCCAUCAGAGAGUCCACACUGAAGAAAAACCAUACAAAUGUGAUGAGUGUGGUAAGUGCUUUAGUUUGAGCUUUAAUCUUCAUAGUCAUCAACGAGUCCACACAGGAGAAAAACCAUAUAAAUGUGAAGAGUGUGGUAAGGGUUUUAGUUCAGCCUCAAGUUUCCAGAGCCAUCAGAGGGUCCAUACAGGAGAGAAACCAUUUCGAUGCAACGUGUGUGGUAAAGGCUUCAGUCAGAGUUCAUAUUUUCAAGCACAUCAGAGAGUCCACACUGGAGAAAAACCAUACAAAUGUGAAGUGUGUGGGAAGCGCUUCAAUUGGAGCUUGAAUCUUCACAAUCAUCAGAGAGUCCACACCGGAGAGAAACCCUACAAAUGUGAAGAGUGUGGUAAGGGUUUCAGUCAGGCCUCAAAUCUUCAAGCCCACCAGAGCGUCCACACUGGGGAAAAACCAUUCAAGUGUGAUGCAUGUCAGAAGCGAUUCAGUCAGGCCUCACACCUUCAAGCCCAUCAGAGAGUCCACACUGGAGAGAAACCAUAUAAAUGUGACACUUGUGGUAAGGCCUUCAGCCAGAGGUCAAAUCUUCAAGUCCAUCAGAUAAUUCACACUGGAGAGAAACCAUUUAAAUGUGAGGAAUGUGGGAAAGAAUUCAGUUGGAGUGCUGGUCUCAGUGCCCAUCAGAGGGUCCACACGGGAGAGAAACCCUAUACGUGUCAGCAGUGUGGGAAGGGCUUCAGUCAGGCCUCACAUUUUCACACACACCAGAGAGUCCACACUGGAGAGAGGCCUUACAUAUGUGAUGUCUGUUGUAAGGGCUUCAGUCAGAGGUCACAUCUCGUCUACCAUCAGAGAGUCCACACUGGAGGGAAUCUGUAGAAAUGAGAGGUGUGGUUCAGCCUUCAGUUAGAGCUCACAUCUUUGUCUUCGUUGGGAAGUCCAGGCUGAUGAUUAUGAAAAGUUCCUUUAAAACUAGAAGCUUCAAAGAAUCUUGACAGGAAAGAAGUCUCUCAAAUACUGUGGUUUAGACUUGGUUAGGACAUGAACUCUUUACAAACGUCAUAUUUCACAGAUGCAAGAAAACUUUGUUCUGUAAAUAUGAUCAGUGUUUAUAUCAGAGUACCAAGUGUCCCAGUUCUCAAGAUGUAACACAGCAGAAAAGUCUUGUCGGAGUCUGCCCGGGAGAGAGGCCUUCCUUUAACACAAGUAUUAUUGACAGAAAAAAUUGAUGUCAACAAAAUGUAACCUCUAUGUAAGGAGGUGUUUUUCACCACUGUAUCUCUACCAUGUAGAACUGUGCUUGGCUCAUAAUAGGGCCCAGCAAUUACUGAAGAAAGUGAAGAAAAUACCUAUAAUUAGGACAAAUACUUGAAAAUUCUAGUGUUUCCUACUCUAAAUUUAUAUUAAUUUAUAUUCAAAAGGAAUCCUGCAAAUAGCCUUAAUAACGUUAGUUUUAGUGAGUACUGAAAGGUACAUAAUACUGCCAUCCAUACGAAUACAAAUUUGGAAAAAAGACAUGAAAUGGCUCCCAUCCUUCAGCCUUAGUUCUUUGUACAGUAUAUCAUCAGUUGUGUACAGUAUGAUUUUUAGUGUCAUUAGUUUAUAGACUGAACAAUACUGUUUUUAACUAAUGUGACCCUGCAAUUUACAUGAUUAGAGUUUUUGGACACUAAGCUUUACUGUAACUCUGAAAGUGUUCAAAGUAGUUACUGAUGACAAAAAGUUUCUUAGUAAACUCGAAUGGUUAAUAA